AUGAAUAAUGUGUCUAUUCAAGGAGACCUCCGAUAUAUCAAUUAUGAAUUCGAUUGGUUUACACUUCCUGUUUUAUGCGCAUCCAUUCCACUUAUUUAUCUUCUUCCAACAAUUUUCGUUAUGAUUGAAAUUGUCAGAGUCUACUGUAGACAAUUGAUCACAAAAAGAGAUGAACUCAUGAAUCCGCAUGUAUUUUUUGUGAUUGUUCUCUCACAAUUGAUGGGAUUCUAUUAUAUGGUCUUUGAUUAUUUCACUAUCCGACUUCCAUCUACAGGAAUCAUGACAUCUUGGUGUGCAUCACAAGAACCCAAUCAUUUUUUGAAAGUUAUCUUCUUUUUUUCAAUAUACUUCAAUUAUACAUCCAUGCUGUUCCCAUUUUUGUUAUCAUUAUUACGACUUGUCCCAGUUUAUUACCCCAAUAAGCAUAAAGAGAUUUGUGAGAAAAUUGUCAAAUUCUCGACACCCUGUGUGUUUAUUUAUCCAUUCCUAUUCACAUUCACUCUAAUACCGGCUCUUGGAUUUUGUCGACAACUUCUUGGUCCAUAUCAGUUCGGAGCUAUUUAUAUAUUUUUCAGUGGAAAUUGGUUCAAUCUGAAACUGGCUAAUCUACUGGUUUUAAACGUUGUAUUCUUUCUGGUCUUGUCUACAGCAGCCAAUAUUUUACUUUAUGGGAAAUUGAAGACAAUUAGAAAUAAAAGAAAAAGUGUCAAACUGCAGAGAGCUGAAUCCUCGCUGACUUUUACAACGCUUUCUAUGUUGUCUGCUUACAUUACCAAUCUGAUUUUUGUGAUUAUGUUUAUAAUACAUCCUCCAUUAUCUACAUAUGUAGUUGCUCUUCGUCCUUUCGGUAAUGACUGUGAUACUGUUCUUGUUCCUUGGAUAUUCUAUUUGACUCAUCCUGCAUUCAAGAAGAAGCUGUUUUCAAACGAAGUUUCAAGAGUCAGGACACUUCAUACUACUAUUUAA